GAUUGUAUUGCGUACGGAUUGACCUUACAUCUAAACAAGUCUACACAUAAAAAACAAGAACCUCCCCUUUUAUAUUCAACCUCUUCUGUGUAUAUUUCAAGCCUAUCGAUGCUUUUUGUUUUCCGUAAUUCCGCUCGAAGAAGUCUUCCAUACCAUACCGCCUUUGCUAGGCCUUGGAUCAACAGUUUGCCUACAAGAUUAUCAGUACGCCACAGCCCUUCAAAUCUCACUCUGUGUCUUCCUACAAUGGACCGGGGAAUCAAAAGAAAAGCCGAAACUACCUCAGAGUCGCCAAAGAAGACCAUCAAAAUUGAUGGUUACUGCAGUACUCCCGUCCGUCGUGCUUCUACAGGCGAAGAAAUUUGGCCAGCGCCACGUGACCAACUAGAAUCUGCCUACAAAUUCGUCCGAGAAUGCGCGACAGCCCAGAAACCCACUCUUAUUGUGCCGGAUAAAGACGCAGAUGGAUUGAGUGCCGGGGUGAUCAUGUAUCGUACUUUGAUAAAACUCGGGCUUGAAGAAAAGAAUUUGAGUGUUCAUUUAGUGCGGAAAGGUUCGAAUAUCCAUGAAGAAUACGAAAGAAAGGCAAUGUCAGAGAUGAAACCUAGCUAUGUGAUUGUUUUAGACCAAGGAAGUCGAGGUGGUCUACCUGUCAUUGAUGAUGAGGGUGCGAAAUGUAUGAUUAUUGAUCAUCAUUUAAGUGAUGACUUUCCCGAAAAUGCCACUGUUGUUUCAGGCUGCCAUUGCCCUCCAGUCCCAACGACAGCUCUCAUGACCUACGAGAUUUGCAAAGAACUUCAUCCUGAUAUUGCUCAAGAAUGUGGCUAUCUUUGCGCAAUAGGGACACACGGGGAUCUGGGAAAUACUAUAAAAUGGUUACCCCCAUUUCCAGAUAUGAAAGAGACCUUCAAGACACAUACUAAAAAGCUCAUUAACGAUUGUGUUUCUUUGAUCAACGCUCGUAGGUUCAAUGAAUUUCUAAACCUCAAUUGCUGAACUUCCUAUAGCAAGAAGAACUGGUACUUAUGAUGUUAUCACUGCCUGGAAAGCAUUACUCGGAGCCGAGGAUCCCAAAGAAAUUAUGACAGACCAGAGGCUCAUCGAAGCGAGACGCGAGAUCAAUCAAGAAGUUGAAAAACGAACUCAUACACCACCAAAAUUUAGUAAAGAUGGGAAAAUUGCAGUAUUGAAAAUCGAAAGCGAAGCUCAAGUCCACCCGGUUAUUGCUACGCGAUGGGCCGGCUUCUUGAAAUCUAAAACCCUUGAAAUAGUCAUGGUGGCCAAUUAUGGCUACCUGCGCGGCAAGGUGAAUUUCUCAUGUCGAGUUGCUAGAUGUGCUCGAGGCCGCGACCCGCCAGUCAAUAUCAUCGAGUCACUAAAAGCAGUAGCCAACUUGGAUACUACAGAUUUAGUUGAGAGACUUGGAGAGAAUUUUGCUCGUGGCCACAAGGAGGCAUCGGGUGGAAUUGUCAAUUCUGCCGAAUUCGAAGAAUUAUGUAAGUUAAUGAAGGUUGGUGAAAAAGCCGAAAAGUCGGAGCAAGAGGCAUCGACAAAGAAAGUUGGAAAGUCACCACAGAAAAACACGUUGAAUAAUUAUUUCAUGAAGUCUUGAAAUGUUGAUUCACAGGUUCAAUGAGAAGAUAGAUAUGAGCAAUAUAUUUAUUCGAAUGCAAUUAAAUAAGAAGCAGUACCA